CGAGGCAAAGUGGGCGCAGCAAUCCAUAAGCAUAAACCCACAUUGAAAUUGUUGCUUGCUGUGCUUCUUGAACCCUCUUUUUUUUCGCGUCGUCAACAUGAAUUUCAAGCCCUCUCCCGCUCGUUCUCAUCAUCAACUCUCGCUGCUUUCUUCCAGAUUACCUGAUUCUCUUAGCUUAAUAUGCUUCAACCUUGAUGUCAGCGAUUUUGAUUCGCCUGCCAUUCCUUUCUUUUCCAUGUCACACACAUGAGAACCAUUUAACCGGUUCUCCCCCAUGCAGACAUUUUCAAGUUAUUCUUGAGGGAGAUAUAGAAAGAAAAAAAACAGUUGUGAAUGUCUGGAUGCAAUAAAUCUCCAAAAAGUGAUCAACAUUCGAUCAAAUAUAAGCGGAAUCAACAUGGGGGAAGUCUUUCCCGUGUGAAUCAUAAGCCUUCUGUUUCCAAUAGUGAGAAUAAGCAGUGCUACACGAGUUCUGAGCCAAAGCCGAAGCACCCUCAGAUACUGAGCACUGCUCAGCUCAUCUCUGCAGUAGGACAGAUAUGGGAUUCUGCGAGUUGCCCACUCUCAGUUUUGCUCCGCGAGGAAAAUGGGAGUCGAGAUGAUAAAGGGUUCCCGAUAAAGAAUAUUCCUGAUGGCAUUCAUGUGGAAAGGAAUGGAGGGGUAUGUAGCUCAACUAACACUAAUUACUUUCAGGUUAAUGUGGGAGCUACAGCAUAUGGUUCACAGAUUUUGCAGGAAAAAAUAGAUUUCCCUACGGUAACACAAAAGGCAUUGGUGCUUCAGUCACGUAAUGGACGUCAGGAGCAUAUUGGUUCUUUGUUCCAGAGAUUUAUGCAGGCCACUGAUAACAGUUUAAAUGAAUAUCGGAAAGAAACAGAACUUGGGACUGAGAAAAUCUCAUUUCAAUCGCGAAAUGUUUAUUGGUGGAUGAGUAGGGAUGCGCCUAAAAGACUUAAAUACCACGUGAAGGCUACAGAUCUUGGGAACAAGAAAGUUAAUUCCCCAGUGGGUGGGGACUGCAUUUCAACAGGUACAAGCACCUUGACGGUGGUUAAUGAGAGUGAUGUUUGCAAUCCCGAUUUAGUUUUAGAUGAAGAUCUACCAUUAUCCAGUGAUACAGCUAUGGACAGAGAAAAUGUUAGCACUCUGUGUUCGGAUUAUUUUCUUCCAGUUUUGCCUGACACUAAUUCUGAUGUUGGUGCUUGGCAGAUCUCAUCUUCUAAUAUCUAUGCAGAUUAUCAUAUUAAAUCUUUGCAUACCCGUGAUAGUGCUUCUAUCCAGUGCCAGCAUAAGCUUGACAAUAAUGAAAUGCUGGAAAUUCAAAGAAGACAUUUUGCGGAUAUAACCGAUGAUGAAGCUAAGGUUCAGAGCUUUGCAGCAACCCCUCAGAAGCCUUGUUAUUCUGUUGCAAAGCAAGAGCAUGCUUUUUCUGGGGCAUUGGCUGGUGUAUGUGUUAGCCUUUGUUUACAUCCAGUUGACACGAUUAAGACGGUUAUUCAGUCAUGCCGUGCAGAACAGAGAUCCAUUGUUAACAUUGGAAAAUCAGUUGUUUCUGACAGAGGAUUGCUCGGACUAUAUCGUGGAAUUACUACAAACAUUGCAUGUUCUGCUCCAAUAUCUGCAGUUUAUACUUUCACCUAUGAAUCAAUUAAAGCAGCUUUGGUUCCUUAUCUUCCAAAGGAGUAUUAUUCUUUUGCCCAUUGUGUGGGUGGUGGUGCUGCAAGUAUUGCAACCUCUUUUAUUUUCACUCCUAGUGAACGAAUUAAGCAGCAGAUGCAAGUUGGGUCGCAUUAUCGCAGCUGUUGGGAUGCUUUGGUUGGAAUUAUCAGAAAUGGUGGGUUUACAUCCCUUUAUGCAGGUUGGGGAGCUGUACUGUGCCGAAAUGUUCCACAUUCAAUUAUCAAGUUUUAUACAUAUGAAAGCUUGAAGAAAGUGAUGCCAUCGUUGUCAUCUACUAUUCAACCUAAUGCAUUUCAGACUUUAUUAUGUGGAGGAUUAGCUGGAUCUACUGCUGCAUUGUUCACAACUCCUUUUGAUGUGAUCAAGACAAGAUUGCAGACACAGCUCCCUGGCUCUAUAAAUCAAUAUGAUAAUGUGUUCCAAGGCCUUUACAAAAUUAGCAAGAGUGAAGGUUUGAAGGGCCUGUACAGGGGAUUGACUCCAAGGUUGAUCAUGUACAUGUCUCAAGGAUCACUGUUUUUUGCCUCUUAUGAAUUUUUCAAGAAAGUGUUUUCUUUGGAAGCAUGCAACCCCACUGGUUCACACGUUCAUAAAUGUUGAAGACUGAAGAAAUAAAAAACAGAGUUAAUGGUGCUUGAACUGAGAUAGAUUGCUGAAGAAAAGGUUAAUGGUGCAUGAAAUGUAUAUUUAAUGCAUGCGGUGGCUUGGCUUGCUGGACCCGAAGGUGCACAAAUACGAGAGAAAAGGGGGGAUUUGUAUUCAUAUGUUCAAGUGAAUACUAAAUAGUUUUGCUCCAGAAAUUAGAGCUUGUGAGUUACAGCUUUAUAGGUCAUAAGAAUAUCAGAAUUUUUUUUUUCUC